AGAUGGACAAGAUACACUGGAGAAAUAUGCAUGGGCUGUGGGAUCUCAGCACAGCAAUAACCAUACAAACACAAGCCCACUCAAAUAAACAUUACAGAAUCACAUUAUUGCACAACCUUGCCUCAUAGGAGCCAUAAGAGGAAGCGGGACCAUGUUGCAAACUCUGCUUCUGCUUCCCAGUGUCCUUUUGCCUUUCCGUCAUGAAGGCCUCAGGGUUAUCGCUUGUCCUCUUCAAUGUCCUCUGUCUCUUCUGUCUAACAAAACACGCUGCGGACUCGGCCCUGUUGUCGGCUCCGGAGGUGGUGACCGGAGCACACGGAGGAUCUGUGACGGUCCCCUGUCAGUACGAGCGUCAGUUCAGAGACCACACAAAGUACUGGUGCAGAGGACCGAUAUACGAGCUGUGCAAAAUAGUGGUGAAAACACCCAGGAGGCCACAAAAAGACCGAAGCUCCAUCGCCGAUGAUAAGGAGGCAGGAGUCUUCACUGUAACUCUGACUUCUCUCAGAGAGAGCGAUAAGGACAAGUACUGGUGUGUCAUCGCCAGACCUGGAAGGAACGUCUACGCUGAAGUCAAGCUGCGCGUCUCCCACUCAGUGAUAACAACAACAACAACAACAACCACCGCAACAACUAUUCUGGAAAAAGAUUUAAUAAGUUGGUGGGCGACUCUCCGUUGGAUCCUCUUUAUUGUCAUGUUGUGUUGUUUGGUAUCAACACACAUUGCUGUGUGGAGGAUAACGGCCGUAGGAAACCAACUGUGAUUGAAAGUCCUGCGUGAUUUUUUAUUAUCAUUCAUACUCAGGAUGCCAAACUAUUCCUCCAGUGGACUUUCUAUCAGUGGGUGAAUUAAACUGAGGAAGAAACCAAGUGAAAAAGGUGGCUUUCGGCUUCGUUUUUUCUUCGUAUAAAUGAUUAAUUAAUUAAAUGAUUAAAUGAUUAAUUUUGGUGCCAGGGCCUAAGAGAACUUUGGGCCUAACUUUUGAAUAUCCAAUCAUCUUAGAAUUGCCGCCUCUGGAGAAGUGAGGCUCUUGGCUUUUAUUUAACACAUGUGCAGGUCUUCAUUGAGGUUUCUCUGAAUUAUAUACAAUUUGUCAUUGGUUAAGUGCUCCAAAGAUCUGAAACGUUGCCGACAUGAAGGCCCAACUCUUGGAAUAUAUUGAUCAACAUUCAAGUUGAAUGGUGGUUGUGUCCUGCUACAUAUGUCAAUCUAAGAGAGGGUCACAGAGGAGGAUUAGAUUGUUCUUAGUCAGUGCAUCUGAGCUGUGAGUCCACUGACUUCUGGGACUUCCUGUAUCUUGCUGAGUAUAUUCUUUAAAGAGGUUCCUCUGCUAUAUUACUACUGUAUCUG